UUGCUAUGACUUGUUGAAUAUUCGAAUGAUAAUCAUAAAAGAGAAUGUUGACUAGUGAAUUGUUUAUUUUGCAGAAAAGUGCGCAAAGGCACUAUAAUCGUCAAGACUUCUACUAUGUGGCUAACGAGAAGAGAGAAGGGCAUGAAAGAAAUACGUCAAGGCUUGAGCGUGAAGGAAAGAAGUAAUGUAGGGGAGCAAACUAAAAGAAGAGGAGGAUCUUCUUGGGAAGAAAGAAGAAAGGAGGAGGGCCAAAGUAAAAAAAAGACAAAACAGAGGAGGGGAUCAAAAAUCCCUAGCGCAGCCGAUCCCCAUCAGGCCUGGCAUCUCAUCUCUCUCCCUCACCCCUCCUUCUCCACCACCGGCCGCCGCCGCGGCCAGGCCGGCGUGGCGGUGCGCCUGCUGCUCCUCCACUCAGCCACGAGCACCAUCCGCCGCACCAUCCAUCCAUCCCAGCCGCGUCGCGCCAUCCAUCCACCACUCCACCAGCGCCGCAUCCCCAACAUCCAACACCGCUGCGCCACACCACCAGCAGCCUCCAUCCUCCAAACCACCAGUACACCACCACCAUCGCCAACUCCCUCUUCCUUCCUCUGCUCUCUCAACUUCCUGCUGCUGCUUCUGCUCCAAUCCCCACGCUGCUCACAUUACUCUUCCUUGCUGUUGUUCCUUUACUGAAGAAAACGACCUGCUGUUGUUCUACAGUUGUUGCGGUUCUGAACUCUGAAUCCCCUGCUGAACUGCUACUGCUCCUAAUCUUCUUCUCCAACUCCUUCAGUUCCUUCUCUGAACCUGCUGCUUCUACUGCUUCUUCACCCGCAAACUGCUGCUGCUCUCUUUCUUUCUCUUCCUCCCUCUCUUUCUAUGCAUGUGUGUGUAAUUUCUGUGAGUUAUUUGUGGAUGCUAGAUCAACCAUAUUCAAAUCAGUAUCAGUUCUAUAUGUGUCUGUAUGUCAGCUAGUUCACUAUAACAAAUUGUGCUUUUAUUUUAUAUUGAGAUUGAUCUUUGUGAAGUCAGAUGUGUGAUUGUGUUUGAUCUCUAGUUAAUAGUUAGUUAAGUACCUAUGAUAUAUAUACAUAUGUGUAUGUUUGUGAUGUGAUACAUUUAUAUACUGUCCUAUAUCCAUGAUUCUUCUCUCUGUACAUGUUAGAUAAAUCCAUGUGUUCUAGUCUUGUUGAUUCUCUUGAGUGAUGAUGUUCUCCUGUGUUAGUGUGCUAAUUUCUCAAGCAUAUAGAAAAUACCAAAACGAUUGUUGAAGAUAAUCUGAACCUUUCUGUAUUUUUUUUGCAUUUUCUUUGUCGACGAUCUUUGGGAACGACCUUGUUAGUUUAGUUUUUAUUUUCUGCAUUCAUCUCUUAAAAUUGUGUUACCUAGCUCUAGCCGAGCAUAGUCGUCGUCGCCUAGUCCUUGUGGAGAACACGACAUCCGUAGUUUGGGGCGUAAAAACCCCGCUAUAUUAUAAUUGAUCAUUUUGGCGCCGUUGCCGGGGACUAGCGUCGAGCGUUUGUGUGAGGCUUUAGACUAGGUUUAGCUUGUUUCCUUUUUGUGCUUUAUAUAUUUGUGAUAUAUCUCUAGACACUAACCCCUGUUCUAGUUAGUAUCUUUUUGUCUUCUUUUCCUUUUUGCAGGUUGGAUUAUCCUCUCGGUUAUGGCUUACUAUUCAGAUCAUCAGGCUUAUGCGAGCAACACUACAAACAACACGGAAAGUGUUCAAGAACUGAUAGGUAAGAUUUCCCAUCGAUUAGAUGAUUUAGCUCGGCAGCGAGAAGGAGUUUUUGAGGAUAGGCCUAGCUCUUAUGAUCCUUAUUCUAGAGGCUAUCCUUAUGUUGGUCCUACCUGCCAUAUUUGUGGAUUUCAGGGCCAUUCGCCCGCUGAAUGUCAACGUGGUUACUCCCAUCCUCCGGAUUGUUUUGGCAUGAGCUUCGCUCAACAGCAUAGCUCAUACCAAAACAAUUACACACAUGGGUGGCCUGAAAACCAGAAUAUGUCAUAUAGGAGCAAUAACCCUGAGAUCUCAUCGUUUGCUUCUAGUAAUCAUAUGCAGGGAUUUGGGUACAAUGAGGAGAGUCACAACUAUGCACCAAAACAAUUCCAUUCAGCUCCUACUCAUAUACCACAGCACCAGGAGAUGUGUCCAAUGGAGUUAAAUGGUCCUCCAUUUGGUCAACCAACAACUCCAGCACCUGUUGUGCAAUCUCAUGUGCAAGUGCCCACAAAAGAUGAGUUCGAUGACAUAGACAAGCUCUCACUUUUGAGUCUCGAGUUCACUUGGAGUGCCGAGGAUGAUCCUAUCAGGAAGGUUAUACUAGAGGAAAUGAAGAAGAUUAAGAGUGGAAAGGAGCUAGUGGAAGAAGUAAGGAAGAUUGAGAAGAACAUCAACGCUGGCAGUACUAUCUCUUCCCUCCUUGAGUUGAGUGUUGCUGGGAUAUCCCUUGAGGUGUGUGAGGUUUCAACACUGUCACAUUCAGCUGAGCAAGAUAGCGAGAGUCCAGAGGAAGAGAUACCUCAGAUUGAAGAAGAUGAACUAGAAGACAAGGAACAAGAUGGUCAAGAGCUGCAAUUCCCAAGUGAUCAAGUUGAAGAUUCAUCAUCUAUUACUCCUGAAGAAGUACAAGAAGCUGCUGUAGAUGAAGAUGAAGAACAUGAGAUUCAUUUGCCUAUUUUCAUACCAGAGCAUGAUGUGUCAGGUUUACUCAAUCCUCUUGAUGACAUGAUGCCUUGUGAUUUCUUUGCUACCACCUUGCAUUACAUGAUACCAUCACUUAAGAUUGAUUUGAAAACUCAUUUGCUUGGAUAUGAUGAUAUAUACCCUGUUAGUGGCAUUGCUCUCAUUUGUGAUGAUCACAAUUACUUUCCUCAUGCCAGUCUUGAGCUUAAUGAUAAAUGUCAUCCUCGUGUGAGUAUUGACCAUGCUGAUUUCUGCCAUCCUAAACAUGUGCUUUAUAGUUAUGCUUAUAUAAUUGGAUAUUCCAUUGAUGACUUGGAGGGCAUCGACCGUAUCACUUGUAGUUGUUUGUGUGAGUCCUAUUUCAGGCUUUUGCUACUGCACUGUUUAUUACAUGCUGACCAGGUUCGAGGUGACAUUCCUUGGGAUCCUGGUGGAGUCAGAGCAUGGCGAUGAGGGGAGCACAAACAGGGAACACAAACAGAGAAGAGUGGAGAGAAGAAAGUAGGAGAGAAGAGUAUACAAAUACCAGAAAAGUGCGCAAAGGCACUAUAAUCGUCAAGACUUCUACUAUGUGGCUAACGAGAAGAGAGAAGGGCGUGAAAGAAAUACGUCAAGGCUUGAGCGUGAAGGAAAGAAGUAAGGUAGGGGAGCAAACUAAAAGAAGAGGAGGAUCUUCUUGGGAAGAAAGAAGAAAGGAGGAGGGCCAAAGUAAAAAAAGACAGAACAGAGGAGGGAUCAAAAAUCCCUAGCGCAGCCGAUCCCCAUCAGGCCUGGCAUCUCAUCUCUCUCCCUCACCCCUCCUUCUCCACCACCGGCCGCCGCCGCGGCCAGGCCGGCGUGGCGGUGCGCCUGCUGCUCCUCCACUCAGCCACGAGCACCAUCCGCCGCACCAUCCAUCCAUCCCAGCCGCGCCGCACCAUCCAUCCACCACUCCAUCAGCGCCGCAUCCCCAACAUCCAACACCGCCGCGCCUGUGACACCCCGAUUCAAUCGUACACUAAUCAUGCACGCAAACGUGUACGAUCAAGAUCAGGGACUCACGGGAAGAUAUCACAACGCCUC